CGUCCUGAUCUCGCUGCUUUUCUCUCUCGGUUUCGGUGAUCAGCUCUUGUCCGAAAUGUUCGGCAGCCUUCAGUCGCCGAACUUCCCGGAUCCGUAUCCGCGAGAGACGGAUCUGCGAUGGAACGUCAGCGUUCCCGACGGCUUCCAGAUCAAGCUGUACUUCAGCCACUUCGACCUGGAGCCGUCCUACCUGUGCGAGUACGACUACGUCAAGGUGGAGGCGGAGGGGGAGGUUCUGGCCCUGUUCUGUGGGAGGGAGGACUCGGACACGGAGUCGGUUCCAUCUCAGCAGAUCAUCACGUCUCCCAGGAACUUCCUGAGCCUCCAGUUCUCCUCAGACUUCUCCAACGAGGAGAGGUUCUCCGGGUUCAUGGCUCAUUACAGCGCUGUGGACGUGGACGAGUGCAGCGAUCAGAGGGACGAAGAUCUCCUCUGCGAUCAUUUCUGCCACAACUACAUCGGAGGAUAUUACUGCUCCUGUCGCUACGGUUACCUGCUACACUCCGACAACCGAACCUGCAGAGUGGAGUGCAGCGGUGGUGUGUUCAGGGAACGUUCCGGCGUCCUGAGCAGCGUGGAUUUUCCGUCUCCGUACCCGAAGAGCUCCGAGUGUUCGUACCGGAUCGAGGUGGACGAAGGAUUCACGCUCCGCCUCCAGUUCGACUCCAACUUCGACGUGGAGGAUCACCCCGACGUAAGCUGUCCCUACGACUAUGUCAAGAUCCAAGCAGGAAGCAGCGAGUUUGGUCCGUUCUGUGGAGAUCGAUCUCCAGGAACCAUCGAGACCGACAGCAACGUUGUCAAUGUCCAGUUCAACAGCGACAACAGCGGAGAAAACACCGGCUGGAAGCUAAUGUACACCGCUAUAGGAAGUCAGUGUCCGGUACCUGAGGCUCCGCCCAACGUCCUGAUGAACCCCGUCCAAUCAGAAUACUUCUUUAAAGACCACGUCCUGUUUACAUGUGAGCCUGGAUACAGACUGCUGCAGGACGGAGAGUUUCUGGAUCAUCUCCAGAUCAACUGUCAGGUUGACGGAUCGUGGAGCAGCCGGCCUCCUCGCUGUCAGAUGGUGGAUUGUGGGAGUCCAAAGAUGGUCGACAUGGCCGACGUGGUGUUUGGUGACCAUGACAACAGCACGUUGUUUGGAGCAACAGUUCACUACGUGUGCAGGGAGGAUGGCAUCCAGCGGACCAACAGCUCAUACAGGUGCAGUGAGAACGGAGACUGGAUCGAUUCAGAAGGAAGAACCGAACUUCCCACCUGUCUGCCAGGUACCUGUCUGUUUGUUCACCUGUUUACCUGUCUGUUCACCUGUCUGUCUGUUUACCUGAUUGUUCAACUGUCUGUUCACCUGUCUGUCUGUUUACCUGUGUGUUUACCUGUGUGUUCACCUGUCUGUUCACGUGUCCAUCCUCCAGCCUGUGGUCGUCCGUCCCGCUCACUUCCUGCUCAGGUGAAGCGGAUCGUCGGCGGUCGGAGUGCAGAACCCGGUCUCUUCCCCUGGCAGGUGCUGCUCAGCGUGGAGGAUCUGUCCCGGGUUCCUGAGGAUCGUUGGUUCGGUUCUGGAGCUCUACUGUCUGAUUCCUGGGUCCUGACCGCCGCCCACGUCCUGAGGUCCCAGAGGAGGGACACCAGCGUCGUCCCUGUGGCCCCCGACCACGUCAAGGUCUUCCUCGGUCUCCACAACUCCAGAGACAAGCGUCUGGCCACCAACCGCUCGGUGGACCAGAUCUUCCUCCAUCCGGACUUCCAACCCAACAACUACAACAACGACAUCGCCCUGCUGAGGCUGAGCGACCAGGUGGACUUUAACCAGGUGGUUCGUCCCGUCUGUCUUCCACCACCUCUCAGACAGGACGACCCCCCUGUACCUCUCCCCAACUCUCUGGGUGUAGUUGCUGGUUGGGGAAUCUCCAACCCCAACACCUCAUCUUCCUCUUCUUCAUCCUCCUCCACUCUGAUCUCUGACCCUGCCUCGGCCGCCGACCUCGGGAUGACCUCUGACGUCCUGCAGUACGUGAAGCUGCCGGUGGUUUCUCAGGACGAGUGCCAGGCAAGCUACACCUUGCGGUCCGUCAGCUACAACAUCACCGACAACAUGUUCUGCGCUGGUUUCUUCGAGGGGGGGAGGGACACCUGCCUGGGGGACAGCGGGGGGGCAUUUGUGAUGGAGGACAAGGUCAGCCGGAGGUGGGUGGUGUUUGGGUUGGUGUCCUGGGGAGGGCCGGAGGAGUGCGGGAGUCAGAGGGUGUAUGGAGUCUACACCCGAGUGGCUAAAUAUGUGGAGUGGAUACAGACCCACCUUCAUGCUGCCCCCUGGUGGUGAAACAGACACAUGUCUCUGCAGGUCGUCCGUCCACAAUGUAUUUUUGUAAAGGAUCAACUGAACUCUGCAGACCUACAGCCAUGAAAAAAUGUUUCCAUCCACUAGUAAAUACCAUGUAUGUCAUGGUUAGUCCUGAGUUUUCAAUGACUCCUAUAACUGAAUUUUCUAUGAUAGAAUCACUGAAAGACAUGAAUCUUUGUCACAAAAAACAAUCAUGUAUGUUGGUUCCUUCAUAGAUUUAUUAUAAGUCUUCUGGAAAUAUAACAAAAUCUGCUGAGUCAGCAAAUAUCACCUGCCGCUGAGAGACGAUUGGUCAAGAUGGUCGAGUUAACCAAGAACCAUCAGAAAGCAGGUCUGAAGUUCUGUGGUCAGAUGAAAGAAAAACUGAGCAGAAAUAUUUUUGGAGGAGAGAAGAUGAGGCCUUUAACCCCAAGAACACCAAACCUACCAUCAAGCAUGGUGGUGGCAGUAUCAUACUCUGGGGCUUUCUAGAAGUGCUUCUGGACUGGUUUCAGACUGUAUGUUGGACUGGUUUUGGACUUUCUUGGUUUAUGUUUGGUUUCAGUCUUGGUUCUCCUGGUUUUGGAUGUGAUUUAAAGUUGGUUUAGGAUUUAUUUUACUCUUGAUCUGGUCCUGGAUGAGGACUGGUUUCAGACUGUCUUGGGCGAGUCAGACUUUUUUUAGGAGUAGUUUAGGAUUUUUUUUGUCCAUAUACUGUACUGGUUUUUGACUGUUUUAGGACUGGUUUCAGACUGUUUCUAAAACUGGUUUCAGUUUUGGUUUUGGACUGGUUUCAGACUGUAUUCUGACUGGUUCUGAACAUUUUUUUGGACUGGUUUAGGUUUGAUUUUGGUCAUGGUUUUAGAACUUUUUAGGAUUGGUUUCAGACUGUCUUGGGCGGGUCUUUUUUUAACCCCUAGAACACCAAGCCUACCACCAAGCAUGGUGGUGGCAGUAUCAUGCUCUGUGGAACUGGAGCUUUACACAAAGUAAAUGGAAUAAUGAAGAAGGAGGAUCACCUCCACAUUCUUCAGGAAAACCUAAAACCAUCAGCAGAAGGUUGAUCUUGGACACAGUUGGAUGUUGACAAUGAGCCCAAACACACAUCAGAUGUGGUAAAGAAAUGGUUCCAUCAGAUAAGAAUGAAGGUUCUAGACUGGGCUCCCCAAAGUCCUGACUUAAACCCAUCAAGAACCUGUUGACUGAUAAACGUCUGUCAACAGGUUGAGUCAAAAAGACAACAAACUUAUUUGAACUGAAAGAAUUCUGUCCAGAGAAGUCAAAGAUAAACCAAAAGCUUGUAAACAACAACCAAAAGUGCUCCAUUGAGGUGAAAACAGUCAAAGGAAUAUUAUAAUUGCUGUAUGUAUAUUUUUGACCCAGCAGAUUAUGUAGUAUUUCCAGAAAACCUCUAAUAUAUCUAUGAAUAAACCAAAAUUCCUUACUGUUUUGUCUAACAAAUAUGCAUGUGUUUCAAUAUUUCAUCAUAGAGUCAUUGGAAACUCAAUACCUUCAUGAUAUACAUGGUCUUUUCAAGUGGAUGUAACCUUGUAUUUAUGACUGUUUUCCAUUCCCACAUCUUUCUUUGACCUUGUGUUAUAUUGUGACAUGGACAUGUGUUGCAGGUUAAUCGAUUAUGCUGAAUUAGAUGUGAGCUCCCUGUAAUGGACUAACGACUGAUCCAGGCCCCAACAACUUUCUACAGGAUAAGGUAGGUAUAGCUGAUGUUACAAGCCAUUAGAGAUUAAUCCAUAAUAUGUCACAACUUAUCACGACAAGGAAUGUCACAAUAUAACAGGUUAUAGUCACCAAAUCAUAACAUGUCAUCUCAGGGCUCAAGACAAAGACAUUACACUUCACAUUUUAUAACUGGACAUAAGUAUAAUGCAACAUGUGGAAGUUAAACACCUGUUUUCUCACCGAUAAGAAGCCAUAUGUUCUUUAGUGUUGCUUGAGAAAGCUGUUUUUUGUCUGUGUAGAUUCUCAAUCUUCCAAGUUGUUUUAAUCCUGAGUGCUUCAGCAGAAGGCCACCAGACUUCUCUCCUUUUGGUUUUCGAAGAUGUUCCACCUCCAAGCUAAGAAGCUUCCAUGGUUCUAAGUGACUGAUGGGGAACGCCAGGUAUUUAUUCUCACCCCAAACUCUCAUGAUUUGAGUUGUGGAUGGUUGUGAAACUGCUUGACUCAAGCUGGGAAUUGUGGUAAAACUGCCCAGGGAUGUAUAUCUAGAGAUGUCAGCUGUGGUGAAACUGCCCAGGAGGAAGGUCUCAAGGUCUUAGUGGAAACUGAAAGUGAGGGGAUUUCAAGUCAGUGGCUUCUUUUCCAUUUGUUUUAGUGAUAGUGUCAUUUUUCUUUGGAUAGAUUGGGAUUUAUUUAACAUCUGGACUAUUUUAUCCCGUAUUUAAAGACAUAAACAGAGGUGAAACUGCCUGGGGGAAUCUCAGGACUGUAUUGUAAGUACCUGGUAAGUGGUGUUGUAGUGGAGAACCUGCAAAAGUUUGCUCUGCUAAGUACUGAAGGUGCUUGUUAAGAAGAGGUUGAAUAAUUUUGAGACAGCAGUAGUUAUUAAAAGUGGUGUAUUGUCUUGAAUUUGGAGAAACUGCCUGUAAUACUGGUUGUGUUGAGCAAUUUAAAUUGUUCUUGUUUGAGUUGUUCAUCAAAAACAGCUGAAAGUUUGUACAUUUUGCCAAUAAGCCUGAUUUGUAAUGGGGUUGAAUAAUUUUGAGUGCAACUGUAGGUCUUUGAACUCCUCACUACAUUGGACUGCAUGUUCGAUAUUACUCACCUUGUGUUUGUUGAAUGCCUUGAGAUGUUGUGUUCAGAGGGUUUUACAGACAUUUCAGAUACAUACCAGAUGAUAGUAUGGUUUCUAAACACUACAAUAGGUGGAUAUCACCACUUGGGUAGAUUUCCAGCAGGGCACAUAUCUUCAGUUGGUUCUGUUGUUUUAAGAGUUGUCUUGUUAUGGUUGUUUUCUGACGACUUCCACUGUCUUCGAUGUAGGUAUACACGUAAAAACUGAGGUGACAUUAGAUUAAACCAUGGUAUCAUCUGAGGCCAGUUUUAAAACCUUGUUCUGCAAACAGAAUCAGUGGAAUGUUGGAUGUGAUGUUAAUUGUUUCCAACUGGAGGUGCCAAGAUUGUGACAAAGUGUUUUCCAGUGUUAAAUGUGACUGAGUUAAUGCUGUUGGGUCUUUGGAUGUCCAAACACAGUAUAUGCAAUAUGGUUCCUCCAAAGUAAAGCCGAUAAUGUGAUGGACGGUCAAUGGUUUUAUCCUUUCCCAGCCGUUGUAAGCAGCAUAUAACCUUCUUGUAACUAGUUGGAGCGUCGCCUCAGAAGCUUAUUGUGGUAUUUUCACUGUGUAGGGUGGUUAUCUGUAAUCAGCUAGUCUUUACUCAGAGGUGUUAUUGACUUCUUACCUGGUUUGUUCGUCGGAAGGAGAUAUUUUUCUGCAAGGGGUUGUUGUUGCUCUCAUUGCCGAUUCUUUGGUUGGGAUCAGAUCCACUACUGAAUUGAAGGCCUUGAAUAAACACCUGGAACUCUCACCAGUCAGUUCUAACUAAGGAAACCAGUUGGAUGUAGAGGAAGUGUCUUCAAGCACCACAAGUAAGUCCAGUUUUCUUCUACUGAAGCACCUCAGAAGCCUCUAGUUUUGUGUGAAUGAACAAAGAGACUAUCAUGUAUGUGGUCAUGAAUAAUUCCACCAAAGACGCGAGCUGUAACUCCAUUUUCUAUCUAAAGAUCAUUUGUUCCACUUCAGGUUUGUUGUUUAUUGAGGCUGUAUUUUGUUCACUGUACUAGAUUGUCAGGAUGGAAGCUGAUCUGUCCUUCCAGCACCAGGGGGCGCUGCUCUCAGGGGUUAGAAAUAUUAACCACAGUUCUACAGAAUCUUGAGAGACUCUUUGAACCGUCCGGAUUAGCGAUGUUCCACUGAAUGAUGCAGAAUAUUGUUCUUGUUGUUAUCCUUAAUUGGACAAAGUAUUUUUACCAUAUGGUCAAAGAGUCUUUGAGGUUUCUGGAGAUGCCUUCAGAACAACAGGAAUGUACCACAGGAAGUACUGCACUCCUUAGUGUUACUGUUUCACAUGACGUGUAUCCUCAUAUUUACUUUUACACUUAUGUAUGAAUUAUACAGAAGGUUUUUAUUAAAGGACUGAUGUUGCA